AUGGAUCUGAUCGGUGCCAAAGGGUUCAGUGUGAUACUGAAAGGAAUCAACACAGAACUUCGCAAAGCGUUUCUCAAAUUUAUCUACAAUGCGAACAACAUAAGCAAAUUGCAAAAUGUUUUGCGAAAGCUCUACUCACCGGAAUUUGUUGAACAGGAGUUAUUUGCAAUAUUUAACAGAUGGAUUUCAGCAUUGCCCAGCUACACAGAUGAAUACUAUCCAGUCCCAAAGACCACUCCCAAAGUCAGCGGUGUAUUACCGAUCACAAUUCGCACGGAAACCGCGGCAAGAAGACGUCUGGACGUGUUACGCGCGCAAGAAGCAGCAUAUGAGGCUCAGCAAGCGUUGAGCCGCAAAAAACGAGAUGCAGCAAAACAACUUGUGCAAGACAUACGUCGCUGCCGUGAGGAAGCAGUUAAACUGCGCUCGGCGAAGAAAAAACAAGCAGAGUUGCUUGUGGAGCAAAUUACGUCGAUGAGAAAUCAGGUGAAGGAGGCACGUGUGUCUGUGCAAAAGGAGAAGCGAAAAACCGGUGAGAAUUUGUUUCUGUUGUAUACUACCUUGUGA